AUGUCAAGAUAUCUUCGGCAGUCGAGCCAGCUCGCGCGGCUGGCGAGAUUCUCAAACAGCGUGAGCUUACAGAGAACACAGAGACUCGUCGCCGGCUCCAGAGCGGUGUCUCUCCGAGCAUUGCCGACACCCUACGGCCUUCUCCCGCGAUACUACUCCUCCAAACCCCCGCAUCCCGAUGAGAACAAAAACACCGGCCCAGAGAAGCCGAUCAACCACAAUGAUGCGGGCGCAAAGCCAGAGUCAGAGGGCGGUUCAGAAUCACCAAAGGUGCCUCUGCCGCCUCUGCCAGAGGGCUGGAUUCGCCUAUCCAAAGAGGAGAUAACUCAGCUUCAGGCAUUCCAGGAGAUGCUUCCCGAAGGCCAAAGGCAGACGUUGAAGGACAUCCUGGUGGGGCUUCAGCAUACUGGUGCACCGGCCGAAAUACGUGAGCUAUUACACAAGAUGCGCCAGGGACCUGGCAACUUGUCGAUAAUGGACAAGGGACGGCUGAUGCGAUGCGUCUUCAUCAUGGCCGAACGGGUGGCAGAAUGGGAAAUUGAACAGCAGCAGCAAGGAAAGGGAGGCAUGUUUGACCAGAACAACCCUGAGAUGAACGACCAUAAGGAUGGAGAGAGGGGAGCAGACGCCAAUCGAUCUCACAAGGCGUCUGGCGAAUCACAUUCAAACCAGCAAGGAUCUGACCCCAAGUCACCCAAGCCCGAAAGAAACUCGUGGAUGGACGCCCUCCAGACUGGUCUUGUGCUUGGUGUUACGCUUUGGGCUAUCGAAUCGUUUAGCAGACCCUUCUCCGAGAAAGAAAUUACCUGGCAGGAGCUGCGCAAGGCCUUUUUGGACAAGGGCCUUGUGCAGAAGCUGGUAGUAGUCAAUGGGUCUCAAGUGCGCGUGGAAUUACAUCCCGAUGCUGUCCAGGGAACGACCGAUGGAUCUGGAGCCAAAAGAACUUAUAUCUUCUCAAUUGGAUCCGUUGAGUCGUUUGAGAAGAAGCUGGAGGAAGCCCAGGACCAACUGGGCAUUCCACCGUCUGAGAGGAUACCUGUCAGCUAUGAGGCAGGUGGUAGCACCGUUGGUAACUUGGUCCUGGCAUUUGGACCAACUCUCCUUUUUAUCGGCUUGAUCUUGUGGACACAGAGAUCUAUGGGUGGACGAGCAGGGGGUGCUGGAGGCAUGUUCAACUUUGGAAAAAGCAAGGCCAAAAAAUUCAACGCUGAGAGUGCGGUCAAGGUCAAGUUCAGCGACGUUGCCGGGCUGGAGGAAGCCAAGACUGAGAUUAUGGAGUUUGUUAGCUUCUUGAAGCAGCCCGAGAAGUUUGAGAAGCUGGGUGCCAAGAUUCCUCGAGGUGCCAUUCUCGCCGGCCCACCAGGAACAGGAAAGACUCUUCUCGCCAAGGCUACUGCUGGAGAGUCCGGUGUGCCUUUCUUCAGCGUGAGCGGAUCUGAGUUCGUGGAAAUGUUUGUUGGUGUUGGUCCUUCUCGUGUGAGAGACUUGUUCGCGGAGGGUCGAAAGAAUGCACCUUGCAUUAUCUUUAUUGACGAAAUCGACGCUAUUGGUCGUGCCCGACAGGAGAGCGGCCGUGGGUUCGGCGGCAACGACGAGCGUGAGGCUACGCUUAACCAGAUUCUUACGGAAAUGGACGGAUUCAACACGAGGGAGCAGGUCGUCGUCUUGGCCGGCACCAAUCGUGCUGAUAUACUGGACAAGGCACUGAUGCGACCUGGCCGCUUCGAUAGGCACAUCUACAUCGACCGACCCACCAUGAAGGGACGACAAGAGAUCUUCCAGGUUUACCUUAAGAAGAUUGUCACCAAGGAAGACCACGAAUACCUCAUUGGCCGACUUGCCACCUUGACCCCUGGCUUCUCCGGUGCAGACAUCUCCAAUGUCGUAAAUGAAGCAGCUCUGAUUGCCGCGAGAGAGAACGCGGACGACGUCAAGAUGAUACAUUUCGAGCGAGCCAUUGAGAGAGUCAUCGGAGGCUUGGAACGCAAGUCUUUGGUGCUCAGGCCGGAGGAGAAGAAGACAGUGGCCUAUCACGAGGCUGGACAUGCCAUCUGUGGUUGGUUCUUGAGAUAUGCGGAUCCUCUCCUGAAGGUCUCCAUUAUCCCCCGUGGUCAGGGUGCCCUGGGCUAUGCGCAAUACCUUCCCCAGGACGCUUACCUGAUGAACACCAACCAACUGAUGGACCGAAUGGCCAUGACCAUGGGAGGCCGUGUGUCUGAAGAGCUGCACUUCCCGACAGUAACGACCGGCGCUAGCGAUGACUUCAAGAAGGUCUCGCAAAUGGCACGCAGCAUGGUAACCCAAUGGGGCAUGUCGGACAAGGUUGGACCCGUCCACUUUGAUAACGAUCCGAACCGCAUGGUGAAGCCGUUCGCCGAGGCCACGGCCCAGCAAAUCGACCAAGAGGUGCAUCGGAUAGUAGAGGAAGCCUACACCCGGUGCCGAAACCUUCUGGUAGAGAAGAAGACGGAAGUCGGCCUGAUUGCGGAAGAACUGCUGAAAAAGGAGGUGCUCUCCCGCGACGACAUGGUGCGAAUCCUUGGCAAGCGACCGUUUGACGACAACGAGGACUUUGAGAAAUUCUUCGGAGGCAAAGAGGCCAGCUCCCCGCCACCUUUCCCGACCGAGACUGACACACCGAAGGAAGAGCCGCCCGCGCCCGCGCCCGCCUUCCGGAAGCUGACAGACGACUGA